AUGAUUUCGUUUCCAUCAGGUUACAUAGUGCAAGAUAAUCCAUCAUCUCCUUAUUCAUAUGUAUCAUGCUUAAGAAAAGAUGAUGUUGGUUAUGUCUAUAGAUGUGAUUCAAAGGAUAAAACGACUUUUUAUGUUGAAAUGACUAUCUCAAUACCACAAAUUCCCCAAAACGACACAACUGUGUACAUAUUUGGUGAUCAGUGCAAUCUCCAGGAUGUCUGUCCAGAUCUAGCUGCUUUGGCUGAUUCUGCUAAAAAUGAUACGAUGUCACUCGGUCCAUUUGGCACUUGGUCGAAAGUCGGAGUAGUUAUUUUUAUAUGUAUUUUAGGCUUUAUUGUAUUAGUUGCUUGUUUUGUAGUUGUCAGAAGAAAUAGUAUGGCAAAUAUAAACUCAAGAAGGUUAGAUUAUCCUGAUGAAGGUGAUGAUAAUCUGGAUCAAUUUUCGCAUAAUGAGAACGAUGAUAAUGUUCUUACACAAAUGCCAUUAAAAGAUACGUUAACUAAUGUUGAGAGGAAGAUAUCACAUAAAGACAAAGUUAUGCAUAGUCCGACAAUCAAAAAAAGUUCAAAUAAUGAUGAUAUUAAGCGAUCAAAAUCACAAAGAACACAAGAUGACAAAAAAAAACAUACCGAAAUUAAUGUUUAUUCCGAAAAACAACCAGUUGUAUUACCAGAUUUAAACCAUAAUGAACAUUCUAAUGAUAAUUUUAUACAGGAAAUGGAUAGACGAUCCACUAUUAAUAGAGGUUCUUUGAUAAAUGAAAAAGAUGCUUAUUCAUCGAAUAAUGAAAUAUACGAAAAUUCAUUGAAAACAAACCCACGAUUCGAUGCAUCUCCACCAGCCAAGAUGCAGAUGUAA